UCUCAGUCCCUCAUUGCCCAAGUGUUUCACUAGCAAUGUCUCAAGGUCUCACACGUAGGCGGGCUGGAGCUUCUCCAGCAGUAGGAGCAUCUUCUUCCGCUCAGCUUGAGUCUCCCACUUUCCCAUCGGGGUCGACAGUCCCCCGACCGGGCUCAUCAGUCGAGGGCGCUGCUUCGGGCGCGUACGAAGGCAGAGCAAAAAUAGCAUAUGACCCCAGAGAUUUCGAGAACAGUGAUGAGAAGGAAUCGGUUCCAAGGUUAACCUUGAUGGAGGAAGUAUUAUUGUUGGGGCUGAAAGACAAGGCGGGUUAUCUAUCAUUUUGGAACGACAACAUAUCGUAUGCUCUUCGAGGUUGUAUCCUCAUUGAGCUUGCUUUGCGCGGGCGUAUUGCAAUGGUCAGGGACCCAGCACGUCGGAGAUUAGCUUUAUCCGACAGGCUGAUUGAGGUGAUUGAUGAUCGACAAACGGGAGAGACCAUUUUGGACGAAGCACUGAAAAUGAUGAAGUCGAGUGAGAAGUAUGGCGCGGGAGCCUGGGUCGAUCUUAUGAGUGGUGAAACAUGGAAUGUCAUGAAAAUUGGCUAUCAACUCAAACAGGUCCGAGAACGCCUUGCCAAAGGCUUGGUGGACAAGGGUGUCCUUCGGACUGAGAAACGCAACUUUUUACUGUUUGAUAUGGCCACUCACCCCAUUGCCGAUAUGAACGCGAAGGACGAUGUGAUGCGAAGGGUGCUCUCGCUUUUGACUGCGCGCACUGCGGCGGUCCCACCGCAGGCAUUGCACAAACAAGCCGUCAAGUAUAGGCAUAUGCGGGCAGUUGUGCUAGUCUGUGCUGCCUACGCGUCAAGUGUACUUGAAAAUGCUCUCCAGCGUCUGUCCUAUGACUCACGCGAAGCCGCCUUUGCUCGUUGCGAUGACAUCCUCGCGGAAUUCUGUACUUGGCCCUUCGGUCAAACGACUGCCUCAUCUUCUGGUCCCGUUGCAAUCGGUUCUGCUAGCGCUCGUCGGCGGGAAGGUGGCUCUGGUGGGGCAGGCAAGGAAAGCGUGCAGGAGCUUGUGAGAGAGGUGAGGAAGGAAAUGGCCUCGACAACGAGCGGUGCGGGAGCCGGGGGUGGGCAAGAAGAUCAGGAAGAGUUAUGUUUCGAGGUGAUUGCGACGGUUUUGGAGAUCUUUGGGCGUAUGGAUAGCUUGCUUUAACGAACAUGGACUUGCAAACCAACUUUUGUCACCACAUACCCUUUCCUUCACAUCCAUAAGGAAAUUACUUCCAGCUUAAAAUUCAACCUGCUGUGGCCUCACCCUUGCUUGGCGGUUGGGUCAGUGUCCGACAACCCCUACUCGUCUUUGUCGUGAGAAUCAGCGCUUUGUCGUAGAAAUAGCCAGCCUUCGCUUCUGAUCAUAUACAAACUUUGUUGUUCCCUAAGAUGGGUUUAAAUGCUAUUCACGCUUAUGAAAUACCAAACUUGACCAUUAGCCAUCCCUGUUCCUUCGUCUACACUGAUGACCAUAUAAGUUUUCCUUCCUGAAGUUGAGCAGGCUGAUAGCCUCCCAACAACUGGCAACGAUUCAUUUGGCGGAAGAAGACCAUAUUAAUCGCUGCAAGGUCGAAGAAAUGUAUGAUACGAUGGGCUCUCAAAAUCAUUGUCGAAGCAGGAGCAAAAGCUUCCGUACGCCCGUUUCAUUUCCAGCCGGGAUCAUCAUGAUCCACCAAUGACCGCGAACAAAGAAGAAUUACAUGAUGUUUGUUAUAUUUAGGUAACUGGGGGAGAUAGUCGUAGAAAAUAGGGCAAAUCAAAAUCACCAAACAUCAAAAUGACAGAUUUGUUCGUAGAUUGCGGAUUGUUAUAAGCUCAUUUUUUAUUGACAGCUUCACUGCUCUCACCUCGCACGGAAGAAAGUAGAACGGCUUAUAAUA